AUGCCGCGCUCGCGGGGACCGGAGCAAGGAUGUUGCGGCUGCCCGGCAGGGAGGGCUCGCGGCGAAAUCGGGAUUUGGGCGCUUGUGCCGGGCACCGGGAGUCGCUGGGGCCGCCCGCCGCCACCACCACCGCCGCCACCGCCGCCGCCACCACUGCUGCUGCUGCUGGGCUGGGGGCUGCUCAGUGCCUCGGCUGCCGCCGGCCAGAACUGCACAUUCCAUCUCCAGGGUCCCAAUGGCACAGUGGAGAGCCCAGGGUUCCCUUACGGCUACCCCAACUAUGCCAACUGCACGUGGACCAUCACUGCGGAGGACCAGCACAGGAUCCAGCUCGUGUUCCAGUCCUUUGCCCUAGAAGAGGACUUUGAUGUCCUAUCAGUGUUUGAUGGCCCACCCCAGGCGGAGAACCUUCGAACAAGGCUCACCGGCUUUCAGCUACCAGCCACCAUAGUCAGUGCGGCCAGCACCUUGUCCCUGAGCCUCAUCAGCGACUACGCAGUCAGUGCCCAGGGCUUCCGUGCCAGCUAUGAAGUUCUCCCAAGCCACACCUGUGGGAACCCAGGGAGGCUGCCCAAUGGUAUCCAGCAAGGCUCCACCUUCAACCUGGGCGACAAGGUCCGCUACAGCUGCAACCCCGGCUUCUUCCUGGAGGGCCACGCAGUGCUCACCUGCCAUGCCAGCUCCGAGAACAGUGCCACGUGGGACUUCCCUUUGCCGUCCUGCAGAGCGGAUGACGCCUGUGGCGGGACCCUGAGGGGCCAGAGCGGAAUCAUCUCCAGUCCCCACUUCCCUGCUGAGUAUCAUAACAAUGCUGACUGCACAUGGACCAUCCUGGCUGAGCUUGGGGACACCAUCGCCCUGGUUUUUAUUGACUUCCAGCUAGAGGAUGGCUAUGACUUCCUGGAGGUCACAGGGACCGAAGGCUCCUCUCUCUGGUUUACCGGAGCCAGCCUCCCAGCCCCUGUCAUCAGCAGCAAGAACUGGCUGAGGCUACACUUCACAUCAGAUGGUAACCACCGGCAGCGUGGAUUCAGCGCCCAGUACCAAGUCAAGAAGCAGAUUGAGCUGAAGUCUCGUGGUGUUAAACUGAUGCCCAGCAAGGACAAUAACCAGAAGACGUCUGUGUUAACUCAGGUUGGUGUGUCCCAAGGACAUAAUAUGUGUCCAGACCCUGGCAUACCUGAAAAGGGAAAAAGACUAGGCUCAGACUUCAGGUUAGGAUCCAGCGUCCAGUUCACCUGCAACGAAGGCUAUGACCUGCAAGGGUCCAAGAGGAUCACCUGCAUGAAAGUGAGCGACAUGUUUGCAGCCUGGAGUGACCACAGGCCAGUCUGCAGAGCCCGUAUGUGUGAUGCCCACCUCCGAGGUCCCUCGGGCAUCAUCACGUCCCCCAACUUCCCCAUUCAGUAUGACAACAACGCACACUGUGUGUGGAUCAUCACAGCACUCAACCCUGCCAAGGUGAUCAAGCUGGCCUUUGAAGAGUUUGAUCUGGAGAGGGGCUAUGACACCCUGACAGUCGGGGACGGUGGGCAGGAUGGGGACCAGAAGACGGUCCUCUACAUCCUGACAGGUACGUCCGUCCCAGACCUCAUCGUCAGCACUCACCAUCAGAUGUGGCUCCUCUUCCAGAGUGACAGCAGUGGCAGCUCCCUGGGAUUCAAGGCUUCCUAUGAAGAGAUCGAACAGGGUAGUUGCGGAGACCCUGGCAUACCUGCCUAUGGCCAGAGAGAAGGCUCUCGCUUUCGCCAUGGUGACACACUCACGUUUGAAUGCCAGCCUGCCUUUGAGCUGGUGGGACAGAAAUCAAUCACGUGCCAAAAGAAUAACCAGUGGUCGGCUAAGAAGCCAGGCUGUGUGUUUUCCUGCUUCUUCAACUUCACCAGUCCCUCUGGAAUCGUCCUGUCUCCCAACUACCCUGAAGACUACGGCAACCAUCUCCACUGUGUCUGGCUUAUCCUGGCCCGGCCUGAGAGCCGCAUCCACCUGGCCUUCAAUGACAUAGACGUGGAGCCUCAGUUUGACUUCCUGGUUAUUAAAGACGGAGCCACUGCUGAGGCCCCAGUCCUUGGUACCUUCUCGGGAAAUCAGCUCCCCUCCUCCAUCACCAGCAGUGGCCAUGUGGCCCGUCUAGAGUUCCAGACUGACCACUCCACAGGGAAGAGGGGCUUCAACAUCACCUUUACCACCUUCCGACAUAACGAGUGCCCGGAUCCUGGUGUUCCGGUUAACGGCAAGCGAUUUGGUGACAGCCUGCAGCUGGGCAGCUCCAUCUCCUUCCUGUGUGAUGAAGGCUUCCUCGGGACGCAGGGCUCCGAGACCAUCACCUGUGUUCUGAAGGAGGGCAGCGUGGUGUGGAACAGUGCCGUGCUGCGCUGUGAAGCUCCCUGUGGUGGUCACCUGACUUCUCCCAGCGGGACCAUCCUAUCUCCAGGCUGGCCUGGCUUCUACAAGGAUGCCCUGAGCUGCUCCUGGGUGAUCGAAGCCCAGCCUGGAUACCCCAUCAAAAUUACAUUCGACAGGUUUAAAACUGAGGUCAACUAUGACACCCUGGAAGUGCGAGACGGACGGACAUACUCAGCGCCUUUGAUUGGCGUUUACCAUGGGACCCAGGUGCCCCAGUUCCUCAUCAGCACCAGCAACUACCUCUACCUCCUCUUCUCUACUGACAAGAGUCAUUCAGACAUCGGCUUCCAGCUCCGCUAUGAGACUAUUACACUACAGUCAGACCACUGUCUGGACCCAGGCAUCCCCGUCAACGGGCAGCGUCAUGGAAAUGACUUCUAUGUGGGUGCUCUGGUGACCUUCAGCUGUGACUCAGGCUACACAUUAAGCGAUGGGGAACCCCUGGAGUGUGAGCCAAAUUUCCAAUGGAGUCGUGCCCUGCCCAGCUGUGAAGCCCUCUGUGGUGGCUUCAUUCAAGGCUCCAGUGGCACCAUCUUGUCGCCAGGGUUCCCUGACUUCUACCCCAACAACUUGAACUGCACCUGGGUUAUUGAGACGUCACAUGGCAAGGGCGUGUUCUUUACCUUCCAUACCUUCCACCUGGAGAGUGGCCAUGACUACCUCCUCAUCACUGAGAAUGGCAGCUUCUCCCAGCCGCUGAGGCAACUGACCGGCUCUCGGCUGCCAGCACCCAUCAGUGCCGGACUCUAUGGCAACUUCACGGCUCAAGUACGCUUCAUCUCUGACUUCUCCAUGUCCUACGAGGGAUUCAACAUCACCUUCUCAGAAUAUGACCUGGAGCCCUGUGAAGAGCCUGAGGUUCCAGCCUACAGCAUCCGAAAGGGCUUGCAGUUUGGUGUGGGUGACACCCUGACCUUUUCCUGCUUCCCCGGGUACCGUCUGGAGGGCACGGCCCGCAUCACGUGCCUGGGGGGCAGACGGCGCCUGUGGAGCUCGCCUCUGCCAAGGUGUGUUGCGGAGUGUGGGAACUCGGUCACGGGCACUCAGGGCACUUUGCUGUCCCCCAACUUUCCUGUGAACUACAAUAACAACCACGAAUGUAUCUACUCCAUCCAGACCCAGCCAGGGAAGGGGAUUCAGCUUAAAGCCAAGGCAUUUGAACUCGCUGAAGGAGACCUCCUUAAGGUCUAUGAUGGCACUAACAACUCUGCCCGUUUACUGGGGGUCUUCAGCCGCUCUGAGAUGUUGGGGGUGACUUUGAACAGCACAUCCAGCAGCCUAUGGCUUGACUUCAUCACAGAUGCAGAAAACACCAGCAAAGGCUUUGAACUUCAAUUCUCUAGUUUCGAGCUCAUCCGAUGUGAGGACCCAGGGACCCCACAGUUCGGCUACAAGGUUCACGACGGAGGUCAUUUUGCAGGGAGCUCAGUGACCUUCAACUGUGACCCUGGCUACAGUCUCCGGGGCAGUGAGGAACUGAUGUGUUUGAGUGGUGAACGCAGGACGUGGGACCGACCGCUGCCAACCUGUGUCGCUGAGUGUGGAGGGACAGUGAGAGGAGAAGUGUCAGGGCAGGUGCUGUCGCCUGGGUACCCGGCUCCCUAUGAACACAAUCUCAACUGCAUCUGGACCAUCGAGGCAGACGCCGGAUGCACCAUUGGGCUCCACUUCCUUGUGUUUGACACAGAAGAGGUCCACGAUGUGCUACGCAUCUGGGAUGGACCUGUGGAAAGUGGGGUUCUCCUCAAGGAGCUGAGUGGCCCAAUGCUGCCCAAGGACCUGCACAGCACCUUCAACUCUGUCGUCCUGCAGUUCAGCACGGACUUCUUCACCAGCAAGCAGGGCUUCGCCAUUCAGUUCUCAGUGUCCACAGCAACCUCUUGCAAUGACCCGGGAGUCCCACAGAAUGGGAGUCGGAGUGGUGACAGCUGGGAAGCCGGUGAUACCACAGUGUUCCAGUGCGACCCAGGCUAUGCUCUGCAGGGAAGCGCAGAGAUCAGCUGUGUGAAGAUCCAGAACAGAUUCUUCUGGCAGCCCAGCCCACCCACAUGCAUUGCUCCUUGUGGGGGAGACCUAACUGGACCAGCAGGAGUCAUUCUGUCACCAAACUACCCAGAACCCUACCCACCAGGCAAGGAGUGUGACUGGAAAGUGACCGUCUCUCCGGACUACGUCAUCGCCCUGGUAUUUAACACAUUUAACUUGGAGCCUGGUUAUGAUUUUCUUCACAUCUACGAUGGACGGGACUCUCUCAGCCCUCUCAUAGGAAGCUUCUAUGGCUCACAGCUCCCCAGCCGCAUUGAAAGCAGCAGCAACAGCCUCUUCCUCGCCUUCCGCAGUGACGCAUCUGUGAGCAAUGCUGGCUUCGUUAUUGACUACACAGAAAACCCAAGAGAGUCAUGUUUUGACCCUGGCACCAUCAAGAACGGCACUCGAGUGGGCUCCGACCUGAAGCUCGGCUCUUCCAUCACCUACUACUGCCAUGGGGGCUACGAGGUUGAGGGUGCCUCCACCCUGAGCUGCAUCCUCGGGCCUGAUGGGAAGCCAAUGUGGAACAACCCGAGGCCAGUCUGCACAGCUCCCUGUGGUGGACAGUAUGUGGGUUCGGAUGGAGUGGUCCUGUCCCCAAACUACCCCCAGAACUACACCAGUGGACAGACCUGCUUGUAUUUUGUCACCGUGCCUAAGGACUAUGUGGUGUUUGGCCAGUUUGCCUUCUUCCAUACAGCCCUCAAUGACAUCGUGGAGGUACAUGAUGGCUACAGCCAGCAUUCCCGACUCCUCAGCUCACUCUCGGGCUCUCACACAGGAGAAUCGCUGCCCUUGGCCACCUCCAACCAAGUUCUCAUUAAGUUCAGCGCCAAAGGUCAAGUAUCAGCCAGGGGCUUCCACUUUGUCUACCAAGCGGUACCCCGAACCAGCGCCACACAGUGCAGUUCUGUGCCAGAACCUCGAUACGGAAAGAGGCUUGGCAGUGACUUCUCCGUAGGGGCCAUCAUUCGCUUUGAAUGCAACUCGGGCUAUGCCCUUCAGGGGUCCCCAGAGAUCGAGUGCCUCCCUGUACCUGGGGCACUGGCCCAGUGGAAUGUCUCUGCACCAACCUGUGUGGUGCCAUGUGGUGGCAACCUCACGGAGCGCAGGGGAACCAUCCUCUCCCCCGGCUUCCCAGAGCCAUACCUCAACAGCCUCAACUGCGUGUGGAAGAUCAUGGUCCCCGAAGGUGCUGGCAUCCAGAUUCAAGUCAUCAGUUUUGUCACAGAGCAGAACUGGGACUCUCUAGAAGUGUUUGAUGGAGCAGAUAACACCGUAACCAUGCUGGGGAGUUUCUCUGGAACAACAGUGCCCGCCCUCCUGAACAGCACCUCCAACCAACUCUAUCUCCACUUCUACUCUGACAUCAGUGUGUCUGCUGCUGGCUUCCACUUGGAAUACAAGACGGUGGGCUUGAGCAGUUGUCCCGAACCGGCUGUACCCAGCAAUGGGGUGAAGACAGGAGAGCGCUAUUUGGUGAACGAUGUGGUCUCUUUCCAGUGUGAGCCAGGAUAUGCCCUCCAGGGCCACGCCCACAUCUCCUGCAUGCCUGGGACUGUGCGUCGAUGGAACUACCCUCCUCCGCUCUGCAUUGCGCAAUGCGGGGGAGCAGUGGAAGAGAUGGAAGGGGUGAUCCUGAGCCCUGGUUUCCCAGGCAACUACCCCAGCAACAUGGACUGUUCCUGGAAGAUCUCGCUGCCCGUGGGCUUUGGUGCUCACAUCCAGUUUUUGAACUUCUCCACGGAGCCCAACCACGACUACCUAGAAAUCCGGAGUGGCCCCUCCGAGACCAGCCGCAUGAUGGGCAGGUUCAGCGGAAGUGAGCUGCCGGGCUCCCUGCUCUCCACGUCCCACGAUACCAUCGUCUACUUCCACAGCGACCACUCCCAGAACCGGCCAGGAUUCAAGCUGGAGUACCAGGCUUACGAACUCCAAGAGUGCCCAGACCCAGAGCCUUUUGCCAAUGGCAUAGUGAGGGGAGCUGGCUAUAAUGUUGGACAAUCGGUGACCUUCGAGUGCCUUCCAGGAUAUCAACUGACUGGCCAACCUGUCCUCACCUGUCAACAUGGUACCAAUCGCAACUGGGACCACCCUCUACCCAGGUGUGAAGUCCCCUGUGGUGGUAACAUCACCUCUUUUAAUGGCACCGUGUACUCCCCUGGAUACCCCAGUCCCUAUUCCAGCUCCCAGGACUGUGUCUGGCAGAUCACUGUCCCCAUUGGCCAUGGCGUCCAUCUCAACCUCAGCCUGCUCCAGAUAGAGCCCUUUGGAGACUAUAUCACUGUCUGGGAUGGGCCACAGCAGACAUCUCUGCAGCUUGGGGUCUUCACCCGGAGUUUGUCUAAGAAAAUAGCACACAGCUCCUCCAACCAGGUCCUGCUCAAGUUCCACAGGGACACCGCCACGGGUGGGAUCUUCGCCAUUGCCUUCUCAGCUUAUCCACUCACCAAGUGUCCUCCUCCAACCAUCCUCCCCAAUGCUGAAGUGGUCACAGAGAACGAAGAAUUCAACAUAGGUGACAUCGUCCGCUACAGGUGCCUUCCAGGCUUUACCUUAGUGGGGAGUGAAAUCCUGACCUGCAAGCUGGGAACCUACCUGCAGUUUGAAGGUCCACCCCCAAUAUGUGAAGUGCACUGCCCAACCAAUGAGCUCCUGACAGACUCCACUGGUGUGAUCCUUAGCCAGAGCUAUCCCGGAAGCUACCCACAGUUCCAGACCUGCUCCUGGCUGGUGAGGGUGGAGCCAGAGUACAAUAUCUCUAUCACGGUGGAGUACUUCCUCAGCGAGAAGCAGUAUGAUGAGUUUGAGAUCUUUGACGGUCCCUCAGGACAAAGUCCUCUACUGAAAGCUCUCAGUGGGAAUUACUCGGCUCCCCUGAUUGUCACCAGCUCAAGCAAUUCUGUGUACCUGCGCUGGUCAUCUGACCACGCCUAUAACCGGAAGGGUUUUAAGAUUCGGUAUUCAGCUCCCUACUGCAGCCUGCCUAAGGCUCCACUCCAUGGCUUCAUCCUGGGCCAGACAACCACCCAGCCAGGUGGCUCCAUCCACUUUGGCUGCAACACAGGCUACCGUUUGGUGGGACACAGCAUGGCCAUCUGUACCCGGCACCCCCAAGGCUACCACCUAUGGAGUGAGGCCAUUCCUCUCUGUCAAGCUCUUUCCUGUGGUCUCCCUGAUGCUCCCAAAAAUGGAAUCGUGUUUGGCAAGGAGUACACUGUGGGGACUAAGGCUGUGUACAGCUGCAAUGAAGGCUACCACCUCCAGACGGGUGCUGAGGCCACCGCAGAGUGUCUGGACACUGGCCUGUGGAGCAACGGCAAUGUCCCCCCACAGUGUGUCCCUGUGACCUGUCCUGAUAUCAGCAGCAUCAGUGUGGAACACGGCCGGUGGAGGCUCAUCUUUGAGACGCAGUAUCAGUUCCAGGCCCAGCUGAUGCUCAUCUGUGACCCUGGCUACUACUACACUGGCCAAAGGGUCAUCCGCUGCCAGGCCAAUGGUAGAUGGAGUCUGGGAGAGUCUAUGCCCACCUGCCAAAUCAUCUCCUGUGGAGAGCUCCCCACACCCCCGAGUGGGCACCGCAUUGGAACCAUGUCUGUCUAUGGGGCAACUGCCAUCUUCUCCUGCAAUUCUGGAUAUACGCUGGUGGGCUCCAGAGUGCGGGAGUGCAUGGCCAAUGGGCUCUGGAGUGGCUCUGAAGUCCGCUGCCUUGCUCGACCCCACUCUCUAGAGGUUCCUCUGUGGUUGACUCUCUUCCCCCAUCCCACCAAAGCUGGACACUGUGGGACCCCAGAGCCCAUUGUCAAUGGACACAUCAACGGAGAAAACUUCAACUACCGAGGCAGUGUGGUGUACCAGUGCAGGGCUGGCUUCCGCCUGAUCGGCAUGUCUGUGCGCAUCUGCCAGCAGGAUCAUCACUGGUCGGGCAAGACCCCUUUCUGUGUGCCAAUUACCUGUGGACACCCAGGCAAUCCAGUCAACGGCCUUACUCAAGGCAGCCAGUUCAACCUCAACGACGUGGUCAAGUUUGUUUGCAACCCAGGAUACAUAGCUGAGGGGGCUGCUAGGUCCCAGUGCCUGGCCAGCGGGCAGUGGAGUGACACACUGCCCACCUGCAGAAUCAUCAACUGUACAGAUCCUGGGCACCAGGAGAACAGCGUCCGGCAAGUCCACGCCAGCGGCCCCCACAGGUUCAGCUUCGGCACCACCGUGUCCUACCAGUGCAGCCACGGCUUCUAUCUCCUGGGCACACCUGCCCUCAGCUGCCAGGGCGACGGCACCUGGGACCGGCCCCGCCCACAGUGUCUCUUGGUCUCCUGUGGCCAUCCUGGCUCUCCACCCCAUGCCCAAAUGUCAGGAGACAGCUACAUAGUGGGGGCCGUUGUGCGUUACAGCUGCACGGGCAAGCGGACUCUGGUGGGAAAUGCCACCCGCAUGUGUGGACUGGACGGACACUGGACAGGCUCCCUCCCCCACUGCUCAGGAACCAGCACAGGAGCUUGUGGUGACCCAGGGAUCCCAGCCCAUGGCAUCCGGCUAGGAGACAGCUUUGCCCCGGGCAGUGUAAUGCGCUUUAGUUGUGACGCUGGCCACGUACUCCGGGGAUCUUCAGAGCGAAUGUGUCAAGCCAAUGGCUCCUGGAGUGGGUCGCAGCCUGAGUGUGGAGUGAUCUCAUGCGGGAACCCCGGAACUCCAAGCAAUGCCCAAGUGGUGUUCAGCGACGGUCUGGUGUUCUCCAGUUCCAUUGUCUAUGAGUGUCGCGAAGGCUACUACGCAACAGGCCUGCUCAGCCGACACUGCUCUGUCAACGGCACCUGGACAGGCAGUGACCCUGAGUGCACGGUCAUAAACUGUGGUGACCCCGGGAUUCCAGCCAAUGGCAUCCGGAUUGGCAAUGACUUCAGGUACAACAAAACUGUGACGUACCAGUGUGUCCCUGGCUAUGUGAUGGAAUCACACAGAGUGUCUGUGCUGAGCUGCACCAAGGACCGAACCUGGAACGGUACCAAGCCCGUGUGCAAAGCUAUCAUGUGCAAACCUCCUCAGCUCAUCCCUAAUGGAAAAGUGGUGGGGUCUGACUUCAUGUGGGGCUCUAGCGUGAGUUAUGCCUGCCUGGAGGGGUACCAGCUCUCCCUGCCUGCUGUGCUCACCUGCGAGGGAAAUGGAUCCUGGACCGGAGAGCUGCCCCAGUGCUUCCCCGUGUUCUGUGGAGACCCAGGGGUCCCGCCUCGAGGGAGGAGAGAGGACCGAGGUUUCUCCUACAGGUCAUCUGUGUCCUUCUCCUGCCAAGCUCCUCUGGUGCUCGUGGGCUCCCCACGGAGGUUCUGCCAGUCGGACGGGAUGUGGAGUGGCACACAGCCCAGCUGCAUAGAUCCCACGCUGACCACGUGUGCAGAUCCCGGCAUGCCACAGUUCGGGAUACAGAACAGCUCCCAGGGCUACCAGGUUGGGAGCACGGUGCUAUUCCGUUGUCAGAAAGGUUACCUGCUUCAGGGAUCCACCACCAGGACCUGCCUUCCCAACCUGACCUGGAGUGGAACCCCACCUGACUGUGUCCCCCACCACUGCAAGCAACCAGAGACACCCACACAUGCCAACGUCGGGGCCCUGGACCUGCCGUCCAUGGGUUACACACUCAUCUACUCCUGCCAGGAGGGCUUCUCCCUCAGGGGUGGCUCUGAGCACCGUACCUGCAAAGCUGACGGCAGCUGGACAGGCAAACCGCCCAUCUGCCUGGAGGUCCGGCCCAGCGGGAGACCCAUCAACACUGCCCGGGAGCCUCUGCUCACCCAAGCCUCAGUUCCAGGGGAUGUUUUCGCCAAGAAUUCUAUGUGGAGAGGGGCCUAUGAAUACCAGGGGAAGAAGCAGUCAGCCGUGCUUAGAAUCACCAGUUUCCAGGUAGCCAACAGCAAGGUUAACGCCUCCAUGCUCGACCUCAGUGGGGUGGAACUGCAUUUGACAGGAAAUUAUAGAAGGGAAGACUUCCGCCUCCUGCUUCAGGUCUACGAGGUCAUAGGGCCUGUGGAGAUCUUUGUGAACAAGUUCAAAGACUACCACUGGGCACUAGAUGGCCAUGUCUCCUCAGAAUCUUCUGGAGGCACCUUCAUCUACCAAGGCUCUGUCAAGGGCCAAGGCUUUGGGCAGUUCGGCUUUCAAAGAUAUGAUGGCAACGGGUUGACAAAAAAUAACGAUGGCCUCGGCAGAAACUUUGCUUCCAACAGCAGCUCAGUGGCCGCUGCCAUCCUGGUGCCUUUCAUCGCUCUCAUCAUUGCUGGCUUUGUCCUCUAUCUCUACAAACACAGGAGAAGACCCAAAGUUCCAUUCAAUGGCUAUGCUGGCCACGAGAACACAAACGUGCGGGCCACAUUCGAGAACCCCAUGUAUGACCGCAACAUCCAGCCCACAGACAUCAUGAGCAACGAGGCGGAAUUCACAGUCAGCACAGUGUGUACUGCGGUAUAG